AUGAGACGCAACUAUCUUAUCUCAUACGUAUUAGUCUUGAUAUACUAUGAUGUCCGCAUUGUCAUAAACAAUCUUUAGGGCCUAUUGUUCUUGAUAUAACAUAGAUAUGGAAUCAUAAGUUGGGAUCUAGGGCUCACUUAUAUUCAACAUAAUGAAGCUAGCUUUUUAUUGAUUAGCGAAAGAAAGGAAGCGUUACAUCAGCUGUGAUUGCUCCCUCAACAUGUGGGGAAGUAAUUAAAAAAGAAAUACAAGGAGUAAAAAUAUUAUGUUGGAUGGCCCAUUUGGCCAAAUGAUGGGCUCCCAUAUUUCCCUUUCGAGGUAUGUAGGAGAUCUUUUGACGUGGAUGUGUAAAAGCGUGGAGGAGAGUUGUCCAAAGUUUGUGAUUGACUCCCGGGUUUUUGCAAUUGGAAAUUAACUUGGCUAGACUUUUGCAAUCAGUGUUGCCCCAAAUAUUUCUCCCAAAGUGUUCAGCCCAUUUCAUUCCAAUGGCUAAAGCUUUUGCUUCACCUUGUAAGGCAGUUGUUUCUUCAAUCUUCCAUGUUCCCGCUGCAAUGAAGGUGCCAUCCCCUCUGCGUAGAACUGCACUUGCCACCCCGGAAAGGAAGCAGUUUGUGAUGAAGACGGCACUGGAGGAAGGAGAUUUUUGGAAUUUGCUUCAUGUUCCAAUUGAUUUGGAUAUGUUGGAGUGGUUCUGCAUCCUCUUCCUCUUCCUCAGGUUGGAUUGCCAGAUUUCUUCAGCUAGUUUGAGUAUAUCCUUCUGCUUGGUUCUGUUCUUGAGGAUGUUGCCAAAGGCUGUCCUUGCAGACGUUUCCAACAGGGAGUACCACUUCUGGAAACAAAAAUGCAGCUUGAAGUGGUUCAAAGAAGGAGAUGCCAACACCAAAUUCUUUCACGGUCUGGUGAAGGAAAAAAGAAGAAAGCAGAGGAUUAAUGUCUUGAUGAAUGAAAACGGAGAAGCUAUUCAAGACACAUGCUCUUUAGAAGACAUGGUGGUACAUCAUUUUUCCACCCUUUUCAAUGGCACAGAGCAAGCAGCAACACAGGACAUGUAUAAUGACUUUAUGGCUUCCAUUCCCCACUUGAUCAACAAUGAACAAAACACCAAAUUGAUGGCACUUCCUUCAGAGCAGGAACUCAAAGACAUCCUGUGGGGAAUGGAUGCAAACUCAUGCGCUGGACCGGAUGGAUUCAAUGUAACAUUCUUCAAGGGAUGCUGGGAUAUUGUUAAACGAGAUGUUACCUCUGCCUGUCAAGAAGUAUUCCUUGGAAUCCCCAUGACUACAGCAGCUGCCAGUUCUAACAUAUGCUUGCUACCUAAAGUUGUGAACGCCAACAAAUUAAAUUACUUUAGACCUAUUUGUCUUUCCACUAUAGCUUCCAAAAUUGCUACUAGGUGCAUUGCUAAAAGGUUGGGCAGGAUUCUUCCAGAAAUUAUCUCUGAAGAACAAGCAGCAUAUGUGCCUGGGAGAGAAAUGUUGGAUCAAAUUCUCAUUACCAAGGAGCUGGUCCAUAACAUCAACAAGAAAACUAAAGGGGGAAAUCUAAUUAUUAAAUUGGACCUUUCCAAAGCCUUUGACAAAGUGAAGUGGUCCUAUCUUCUAGACAUCCUUCAGAGAUUUGGAUUCUGCCCACAGUUCAUCCACAUGAUUGAGAACCUCCUGAUCACAAAGCUGGAAAAAAUCAUGAAUAUGUCUCAUAAAAAGUUUCCGUUCAUCCACCUUGGCACUCCUAUUGAUCUUGGAAUCACAAGGGCAGGUCACUGUGCGGGCCUUAUUCAAUCCUUUGACAGCAAACUGAAUGGAUGGUACCAGAGGAGCCUUGAUCAUGCUGGAAGACUAGUUCUCAUCAACCACGUCCUGAACACCAUUCCUAACUACUUCCUUGGUACCAACACCAUUCCCACAUCCAUUUGUAACAUGCUAGAACAGAAGAUGGCACAUUUUUGGUGGGGAGGUGGGACCAAACAUCACUGGACGAAGUGGGAGGAUCUUUGUCUCCCUAAAGAAGAAGGGGGCAUUGGGACUAGAAGACUCAAAACCCUAGAAGCUGCUUUCUCCCUCAAACUAUGGUGGAAGGUGCAUCAUGAGAAUAGCAUAUGGGCCAGAUUUAUGAGGGCUAAAUACUGGCGAGAAGUAAAUGCAUAUAAGCUGAUUGACAAGAUCUCCACCUACAUUCGGCAAUGGCUACUGGUCAAAACACCAAACAAAAUUCAGACUCAUGAUGCAUGGCUGUUUACCAUGAAAAUUAUCCCACAGUUUACGAAAGAAAAGCAGGUGCGCAUAAUCAAAUGGAUGGCUCCUCCAACCGGCAGGCUCAAGCUUAAUGUGGAUGCAUCAUUCACUAUAUCUAACCAACGAGGGGCAGCCAUAUUGCGGGAUGAGAAUGGAAGAUUUGUUAGGGCAGCUACUUUUAGCCUGGCAUCACGCACUCCUUUUCAAGCAGAAGUUGCGGCUGGAAUCGAGGCGAUCAGCUAGGCACUCAAGUUUAUUCCGUAGAAUAGAAUAAACUAGGUCUGGGGCGAGCGCGGUUCGCCCAGUGUAUGCUUUAAUAUGUAUGAUGUGAUGCAUGUGAUGCUUGUAUGUAUUAUUGCAUGGUGGAUGAUUGUGGCUUAGUUAUAUUUGUUGUAAUUUUAAAUACGGCCUGCGUGUCGUGCCUCAUCUCUAUACUCUGGAUGUAAUUCU